UCUUUUUUUACAUGCUAAUGUAAGAAGUUCAGUCUAAUGGGGACCAAGGCGUGGAGAUGGAAGCGGGUUAUUCCUCAGCCGACAGCCAGUAUGCAGCUGCGGGUCCUAAUGCCAGCUAUCGAGCCUCCAAGCCAUCGUCUUUGCCUCCAGUGACUUACGAAGUUGCUAAUAGGAGGUCUGAGGGAAGAAGAGGGAAUGGAGCAAGUGAACCGAAAGAGCCACUCCCACAAUAUGCAGUGGUCAAUAAGGCAAAGAAGAAAAGGAAGACACCAAAACCCGGUGAGCUUCAGUAUGCUGAGCUUGGUGAACUGACAGGUCCUCGACAGAAGGCAGUACUGCCACGUGUCAGUGGUACGGAUACUGUGUAUUCAGACAUCAGGACAUAAGGGAUGUGUGCCGUUACGUAAAUGGAUCAUCAGUAAUCAAGUGGAUGAGACAAACGUGGAAACAGUAAUUGAUUUUGUAGCUUUGUCAAAAUCAUAUUACAAUAUAUAUUGUAUUGUUUUGUAAAG